CACGGCUCGUGGGAGGGUUUUUCCCAUACUUUGAUAUGUUCCUGACCUUGGUGCAUUUGUUAUUUUUUGGUCUGGCAGCCACGUGGGCUGAUCAGUACCGGCAAGAGUGGCCCAAUAGGAACUUUACCUGGUUCCAGAGGCAGUAUUAUCAAAACAAAUGGUAUCAGAGGCUUAGGUUCACCACAACCCCUAGACCAGGAGCCACUGCCGAGCCCUUGGAGACCCGUAUUAUAUAUCCUUGUUAUUGCUUCAAGCCCAAGCUGGACGAUUCGGCUAAGAUUUGGGAAAGAAAGAUGAUAGAGCCCAAGGAGCUGUUCUUUUUGAAUUAAAUUAUAAUUCAAUUAUAAUAUCCUUUAUUUGUUUGUA